AUGUCUAUCCCGCAUGAAAAGACGCCAGGCAGUGUAAUCGUCAAUGACAGCGGAACAGAAAUCCCAAAAGGCUCCAAGGACUUGCACGACAAUGUACAAUUGCCAACAUACAUCGAGUCUAAGAGGACCUGGAAAUCAUUUCUUUGGUCAACUCUUGACGUCCCGAAAGAUGAGGCUCGCUUCCUCACUAAGCUUGACUUGACUCUGAUCUCAGCCUCUGCGUUGGGUGUUAUGUGCCAUUACCUUGAUCAGGUUAACAUAACAAACGCUUUUAACAGUGGUAUGAAAGAAGAUCUUUCUCUCUACGGAAAGGAACUCAACUAUGCCAAUGCCAUCUGGAGCGCGGCAUACGUCUUUGGACAAGUCCCUUCUAAUCUUCUUCUGACUAGAGUUAAUGCGCCUCUUUACAUUGCUUUUCUUGAGUUUGCCUGGACUGUCUUCACAUUUGCCACCGCCGGAGUCAAGGAUGUUAAGCAGCUAUAUAUCUUCCGCUUCUUCGUCGGCUUGUUUGAAGCUGGUCAUUUCCCCGCAGUCAUGUAUGUCUGUUCUAGUUACUACAAACCCCACGAACUCGCUCGACGCAAUACUAUCAUCCAAGUCUUUACUUCUGUCGGCCCUCUUUUCUCUGGAUUCCUUAUGGCAGCCGUGUUUGCUGGUCUAGAUGGAGCAAGUGGGCUACCUGGGUGGCGAUGGAUGUACAUUGUCUGUGGAUGUAUUUCACUUCCUUGCGCCAUUUGGACAGCCAUUGCAAUGCCUCAACUUCCCAGCAGAGCAAAGGCUAAUUGGGUGUUUACACAAGCGGAGGUCGAGUUAGCUCGCGCUAGAAUGCCCACUGAGGCCAAACCACUCACUGGGUUUUUCAAGUGGAAGGACAUCAAGCGCUGGCACAAAACGUGGCAUGUGUAUCUUUUCCCGGUUGCAUUCGCCUUUAUGGCACAGUUUGGACAGUCUGGCGGAUCAAUGAUUUUCUGGGUCAAAAGUUACAACAUCGAGGGACAAAAGCCCGUCUUUUCAGUCCCAGAAAUUAACAUCAUUCCACUCGGAAUUAAUGUCAUUACCAUCGUUGCAACCUUGGUCAAUUCCUGGAUUUCAGACAGCUUACCUGGCUCUAUCAGAUGGCCGGGUAUGGUAUUUUCAGGUCUUAUGGCCAUUAUAUUUCCAAUUUCUCUCGCCUCUACGCCUGUUCAUCCUCCAAACAAAGCCACCCGAUGGGCUCUGUACUAUCUCACAUCCCUCGCAGGUACAGCCGCUGGGCUUACCUGGACUUACGUCAACGAGGUGAAUCGAAAUGACCCUGAGAAGCGAGCAUACAUCUCUGCCAUGAUGAAUGCAUUUGCCUACAUAUUUACAGCUUGGGUUCCUAUAUUUACCUUUCCAGCCAAUAAACAGCCAUACAUUGUUACUGGUAACUAUGUCACGGCUGGCUUUGGAGCGGCUGCGGUGGUUUUGGCACUCGCUAUUCGACACUUCCACAACAAAGAUAUUCAUAGACUCCAACAGCGAGGCUUGGUAUCAGCGUAG